AUGAAAUCUUCGGUUCAGAUAUUAGGCUGUUCCACUGGCGACACAACACCUUCCGUCGUUAUUCAAUAUGAUACUAAACAUCCGCAACGUUACUUAUUUAAUUGCGGAGAAGGAACACAACGAUUGUGUACUCAGCAUAAGGUUAAAAUUACUAAACUGAAAAAUGUAUUCUUGACGCGAAUUCAUUGGGAAUGCAUGGGCGGACUACCGGGAAUGUUGCUUACAUUGGCUGAUGUCGGGCUGGCAGAUAUCAAAAUACAUGGCGGCGAUAACUUGACACAUGCUCUAACUGCGACGCGUUACUUUUUGUUAAGAACUACCAUGUCUGUAACGACACACGAAUUUCCAGUGGACGGAUCGAGUUUUCAAGAUGAAAAUAUGACCGUAAAAGCGAUACCAUUCUGGCCGGAAACUUUGAAAAGGAGUUUUGCUCAAGAGGAGAUUUUGGUUCCAACAAAACGCGAACACAACGAAACUUUACUUGAUCACAAAAAAAAGAUAUUGUCUUUGAUGUUUAAUACGACCAAGCGUGGUUCAGAGCAUGUCCGAGAAAGUGCUAAUGAGAAGAAACAAUCGAGUGAUGGCGCAUCUAGUGGAAUGCGGAGCGACCAGUCGUCAAUCUUUAAGGAUGCAAGUCCUUUGUCAAAGAGAAUGAAAUACGAAGAUGCCGUAACAGAAACUCAUGCGUUGCUGGAAUCUAAUAACGAAUCUUCUAACUACAUAAAAAAGCCUGAUAAGCCUGCCAAUGAAAGAAGAGAGUUAUAUUCAAGAAGGUUGCCAAAAUCAAAACCUAAUCCAAUUUCUAUUGCCUAUAUUUGCAAAGGACCUGAUUAUAAGGGAAAAUUUAAUCCUAAAUCUGCUAAAGAGCUUGGAUUGAAACCGGGACCAUUAUAUGCUCAGCUCGCAAGUGGACAGUCAGUAACUGCGCCUGAUGGUACUAUAGUUCAUCCUCAUCAAGUGCUUGGCCCUUCCCGUCCCGGAGCGAUAACCGUAAUAGUCGAUGUACCCUCCGUCGAUUAUAUACAAUCGUUAGUCGAUGCUCAAGAGUUUAGGCCUUAUCAGUCAGGGGAUGAGAAUUUCCAACCUCGAGUUGUUAUUCACAUGGUUGGAAAUGGAGUACUAGAAGACGAACGAUAUCAGUCUUGGAUGAGAAGCUUUGGCAAUGAGACAGAGCAUUUAAUAACAGGCGAAAAAUACAAUGCGCAGAGAAUAAUGUUUAAUAGUGCUGCUCUAAGUCAACUAAAGCUUUCGAAAAUUGAUUCUAAUCAUUUCCGUGUUCCGUUUUAUUCUAAUCGACCUCUGAAGCCGUUGAGUGACAUAUCGAACCUGCCUAGUAAAACACGAGAAGCAGAACCCAAAUUAAUAUAUCAAACCGAACCAGUGGCGCAGUUGGAUACUUCACAAAUUGUCUCUGGUUUCGACCCAAAUCAAGCGCUUCCAACAGACGACGCUCUAUGGAAAGAGUAUCUAAAAACUGUGGAAGAGGUCAAGAACGAGAUUCAAUCGACCAAGUUAGAUCCGGUACAUUUUCCCGGAAAUGACGUUAUUGUGACCACAUUGGGCACAGGCUCUGCACUACCAUCAAAAUAUCGUAACGUUAGUGGCACACUGAUUACAAUACCUUCAUGCGGCACCAUUAUCCUCGAUGCCGGUGAAGGCACACUGGGUUCUAUGAUUCGCCACUUUGGUCCGUUGGGGAGUCCUGGACGUGACGGUCGGAUGAGCCUUGAGGAAUGCUUGCGGGGGAUCAAGUGCAUUUUUAUUUCUCAUCUCCACGCUGAUCAUCAUUUUGGCGUUGUGCGAAUACUAGACGUGUGGAACCGGCUUCAACACGGCACUGAUGCUAUGAUAUAUGUUGCUGCGCCUGGAAGAUUUAUGAAAUGGUUGGAUGAAUAUAGCGACGUUCAAGAUAUUGGACUUUCAAGAAUACGAUUUAUUGAUAAUAGAAACUUGCUGAGACGAAACCUGUCAUUAAAGUCGACAGAUUCAACAAUACAAGACUUGCUGAACUCGCUAAAACUGCAACGUAUGGAAUCUGUUGAAGUUAUCCACUGUGCUGCAGCAUAUGGUGUGAGCAUAGAACAUACUCAAGGAUGGAAGAUUGUCUACUCGGGUGAUACUCGGCCAUGCGAGGAUUUGAUUUUUGCGGGUAAAAACGCGACCUUGUUAAUUCACGAAGCUACAUUUGAGAAUGACUUGGUUGAAGAUGCUCUUGAAAAGCGGCAUAGCACUACAGAGGAGGCAGUCAAAAGAUACCCAAAAGUUCCAAUAUUCACUGAUGAUCAUGGGACAGUAGGGAUAAGUUUUGAUUUAAUGGAAGUCACAAUAGGCGAUUUGUACAAACUUCCAAAAUAUGUCAGAGCUCUUAAAAUUCUCUAUGCGGAUGAAUGUGAAGAAGCAAAGGAAACCGAUUAA